AUGUCUACGUCGUACCAGCCAUGGCACCAUGGUAAUAUCACCCGCUCCAAGGCUGAGGAUCUGCUCUCCAAAGCAGCCAGGGAUGGGAGCUUCCUCCUCCGGGACAGUGAGUCCAUACAGGGUGCCUAUGCCCUCUGUGUUCUGUAAGUAAAAAAAUAUACCAUAAGAUAUAUAUAUCUGGAUAAAACUGACAGUUUAACAGUCUAAAAUGUUGUUGGAAAGAUAAAAUUGAGGAAGGAAGAUGUUGAGAGUUCGUCCAUUAUACCUCCAUGCAAGUAACAGUUGAAAGUAGCUGUGAGCAGGGAGAGUAAACUAUGCCAUGCUGAAUACUGACCAGUCUCUGUUGCAGACAGGAAAUAACUGUUAGUUAAAAAUGUGCUGAGGUACAAUGCUGUUGGAAAGAUCAAAUUGAGGAAGGAAGAUACUCUGUUGAAGUCUUGUCCCUUUGCAUGCACAUAUCAAAGUAGCUUUCAGUAGGAAGAGCUGAUCACAACUUUAAAUCAGACAAAACAAUGAUCAAUGCUAAAUAAUGUUGUUAUUGGGAGUGAUUUAAAUCUGAAGUGUCAAAUACCUAAAUGUAUUUCAGAUACAAAUCCUCCUGCAGUGCAGUAUGGAGCUUGACUUGGCCUCAUGACAGCGGUUUGCAUGUUUUUGUUUUACAUUUAUUUAACCUUUAUACACUGCUCAAAAAAAUAAAAGGAACACUUAAACAACACAAUGUAACUCCAAGUCAAUCACACUUCUGUGAAAUCAAACUGUCCACUUAGGAAGCACACUGAUUGACAAUACAUUUCACAUGCUGCUGGAAUAGACAACAGGUGGAAAUUAUAGGCAAUUAGCAAGACACCCCCAAUAAAGAAGUGGUUCUGCAGGUGGUGACCACAGACCACUUCUCAGUUCCUAUGCUUCCUGGCUGAUGAUUUGGUCACUUUUGAAUGCUGGCGGUGCUUUCACUCUAGUGGUAGCAUGAGACGGAGUCUACAACCCACACAAGUGGCUCAGGUAGUGCAGCUCAUCCAGGAUAGCACAUCAAUGCGAGCUGUGGCAAGAAGGUUUGCUGUGUCUGUCAGCGUAGUGUCCAGAGCAUGGAGGCGCUACCAGGAGACAGGCCAGUACAUCAGGAGAUGUGGAGGAGGCCGUAGGAGGGCAGCAACCCAGCAGCAGGACUGCUACCUCCGCCUUUGUGCAAGGAGGAGCAGGAGGAGCACUUGCCAGAGCCCUGCAAAAUGACCUCCAGCAGGCCACAAAUAUGCAUGUGUCUGCUCAAACGGUCAGAAAACAGACUCCAUGAGGGUGGUAUGAGGGCCCGACGUCCACAGGUGGGGGUUGUGCUUACAGCCCCAACACCGUGCAGGACGUUUGGCAUUUGCCAGAGAACACCAAGAUUGGCAAAUUCGCCACUGGCGCCCUGUGCUCUUCACAGAUGAAAGCAGGUUCACACUGAGCACAUGUGACAGACGUGACAGAGUCUGGAGACACCGUGGAAAACGUUCUGCUGCCUGCAACAUCCUCCAGCAUGACCGGUUUGGCGGUGGGUCAGUCAUGGUGUGGGGUGGCAUUUCUUUGGGGGGCCGCACAGCCCUCCAUGUGCUCGCCAGAGGUAGCCUGACUGUCAUUAGGUACCGAGAUGAGAUCCUCAGAACCCUUGUGAGACCAUAAGCUGGUGCGGUUGGCCCUGGGUUCCUCCUAAUGCAAGACAAUGCUAGACCUCAUGUGGCUGGAGUGUGUCAGCAGUUCCUGCAAGAGGAAGGCAUUGAUGCUAUGGACUGGCCCGCCCGUUCCCCAGACCUGAAUCCAAUUGAGCACAUCUGGGACAUCAUGUCUCGCUCCAUCCACCAACGCCACAUUGCACCACAGACUGUCCAGGAGUUGGCGGAUGCUUUAGUCCAGGUCUGGGAGGAGAUCCCUCAGGAGACCAUCCGCCACCUCAUCAGGAGCAUGCCCAGACAUUGUAGGGAGGUCAUACAGGCACGUGGAGGCCACACACACUACUGAGCCUCAUUUUGACUUGUUUUAAGGACAUUACAUCAAAGUUGGAUCAGCCUGUAGUGUGGUUUUCCACUUUAAUUUUGAGUGUGACUCCAAAUCCAGACCUCCAUGGGUUGAUACAUUUGAUUUCCAUUGAUAAUUUUUGUGUGAUUUUGUUGUCAGCACAUUCAACUAUGUAAAGUAAAAAGUAUUUAAUAAGAUUAUUUCAUUCUUUCAGAUCUAGGAUGUGUUGUUUCAGUGUUCCCUUUAUUUCUUUGAGCAGUGUAUAACUAGGCAAGUCAAUUAAGAACCAAUUCUUAUUUACAAUGACGGCCUACCAAGAGGAAAAAGGCCUCCUGCGUGGUACAAAACGCACAUCACGACAAGAGAGACGCCACAACACUACAUAAAGAGACACCACAACACUACAUAAAGAGGAGACACCACAAACACUACAUAAAGAGGACCACCACAACACAAACAUAAAGAGAGACACCACAAACACUACAUAAAGAGAGACGCCACAACACUACAUAAAGAGAGACGCCAACAACACUACAUAAAGAGAGACACCACAACACUACAUAAAGAGAGACACCACAACACUACAUAAAGAGGACACCACAACACUACAUUAAAGAGAGACACCACAACACUACAUAAAGAGAGACGCCACAACACUACAUAAAGAGAGACGCCCACAACACUACAUAAAGAGAGGACGCCACAACACUACAUAAAGAGAGACACCACAACACUACAUAAAGAGAGACGCCACAAACACUACAUAAAGAGAGACGCCACAACACUACUAAAGAGAGGACACCACAAACCUACAUAAAGAGAGACACCCACAACACUACAUAAAGAGAGAGCCCACAACACUACAUAAAGAGAGACACCACAACACUACAUAAAGAGAGACGCCACAACCACUGCAUAAAGAGAGACACCACAACACUACAUAAAGAGAGACACCACAACCACUACAUAAAGAGACACCACAACAACUACAUAAGAGAGACACCACAACCACUACAUAAAGAGAGACGCCCACAACACUACAUAAAGAGAGACACCACAACACUACAUAAAGAGAGACACCACAACACUACAUAAAGAGAGGACACCACAACACUACAUAAAGAGAGGACACCACAACACUACAUUAAAGAGAGACACCACAACACUACAUAAAGAGGACACCACAACACUACAUAAAGAAAGACACCACAACACUACAUAAGAGAGACACCACAAACACUACAUAAAGAGAGACACCACAACACUACAUAAAGAGAGACACCACAACACUACAUAAAGAGAGACACCCACAACACUACAUAGAGAGACACACAACACUACAUAAAGAGAGACACCACAACACUACAUAAAGAGAGACGCCACAACACUACAUAAAGAGAGACACCACAACACUACAUAAAGAGAGACGCCACAACACUACAUAAAGAGAGACACCACAACACUACAUAAAGAGAGGACACCACAACACGGCAUAAAGAGAGACGCCACAACACUACAUAAAGAGAGACGCCACAACACUACAUAAAGAGAGACACCACAACACUACAUAAAGAGAGACACCACAACACUACAUAAAGAGAGACACCACAACACUACAUAAAGAGAGACACCACAACACUACAUAAAGAGAGACACCACAACACUACAUAAAGAGAGACGCCACACAACACUACAUAAGAGAGACGCCACAACACUACAUAAAGAGAAGACACCACAACACUACAUAAAGAGAGACACCACAACACGGCAUAAAGAGAGACGCCACAACACUACAUAAAGAGAGACGCCACAACACUACAUAAAGAGAGACACCACAACACUACAUAAAGAGAGACACCACAACACGGCAUAAAGAGACCUAAGACAACAACACAGCAUGGCGGCAACACAUGACAACACAGCACGGUAGCAACACAACCUGACAACAACACGGCAGCAACAAACAUGACAACACAGCACGGUAGCAACACAACAUGACAAACACAGCACGGGUAGCAACACAACAUGACAACAACACCGGUAGCAACACAACAUGACAAACACAGCAUGGUAGCAAACAACAUGACAACACAGCACCGGUAGCAACACAACAUGACAACAACACGGUAGCAACACAACAUGACAACACAGCACGGUAGCAACACAACAUGACAACACAGCAUGGCGGCAACACAUGACAACACAGCACGGUAGCAACACAACAUGACAACAACACGGUAGCAACACAACAUGACAACACAGCACGGUAGCAACACAACAUGACAACAACACGGUAGCAACACAACAUGACAACACAGCACGGUAGCAACACAACAUGACAACACAGCACGGUAGCAACACAACAUGACAACAACACGGUAGCAACACAACAUGACAACACAGCAUGGUAGCAACACAACAUGACAACACAGCACGGUAGCAACACAACAUGACAACAACACCGGUAGCAACACAACAUGACAACACAGCACGGGUAGCAACACAACAUGACAACAACACGGUAGCCAACACAACAUGACAACAAACACUGGUUAGCAACACAACAUGACGACACAGCACGGUAGCAACACAACAUGACAACAACACGGCAGCAACACAACAUGACAACACAGCACGGUAGCAGCACAACAUGACAACAACAUGGUAUCAGCACAAACAUGGUACAAACAUUAUUAGGCAACAGACAAAGCAGAACAAUGCGAUGUUGACUUUCUGUUUCCUUACAUCAUGACAUAAAUCAUACCACCAAGUACAUCUGGUGGAAUUGAAAAUGUUUUGCUCAAGACUUUGAUCAACCAGAUAAACUGGCUAGAAUACUGUUGUUGUUGUUGCAUGCAGUAUUAGAUGUGACUAAAUAUAUAGCAGGAAUUCUAUGUAAUGAAGACCUAUUUUAAAUUACACAUGCGUUUUGCAUUGCCCAACUUAUCUGCACACACUGUCAUGCUGCAAAGCUGGGUAGACUCCACUGUGCAACUCACACCACACAUCUAUGUGUAACUGUGGGCUUUAAUUUGAAUAACUUGUAAACAAAUACAUAAAUGGUCAUGUACUCUUUUCCAUCGGACACAAAGUAAUCUAUAAUUACUGCAUCUGUCACACUCUUCUGUGAAAUGUCAGUUACUUUAAACCAGAGAUUGAGUCAAGGCCAGAACUCUCAAGAUCCAGACCACGAGAUCAAGACAUCUCUUUAAACGUUCAAGACUCCAUAUCUGUUGUGAACUUUAUGAUAAUAACCCAUCUUCUCUAUUUCCAGGUACCAGAACUGUGUGUAUACGUACAGGAUCCUACCCAAUGAGGAGAGGAAGCUCUCGAUCCAG